AUGCCCGUCAAACCAGAAAAUGCAGGCGACGAGCUGGACGAGCUCUUCGACUACCAGCCGAACUUGAGUUCAGAGUCCGACUUGAGCGAGGACGACACUACAUACAAGAGUCCGGCCUCGGGCUCGAGAUCCAAGAUCAAGAAGGCGUCGACCCGGAUUCUCGAUCUGGGAACCAUUCUCAAAGCUCCUCGAGCGACCCAGUACUCAACCCGCACGAUCUACACCAUGGUCAAAGACGACAUUGUCGACCUCGAGCCCGAGUACCAGCGAGGUGUUGUCUGGACGGUGGAUAAGCAAUCCGCUGUGAUCGAAUCCAUCAUGCGCCACUACUACGUUCCACCCGUCCUGCUAUCGGUUCAGAAUCAAGUAUCCACAGAAGAUGAAUUGACUUACGUCUGCAUUGACGGCAAGCAGCGUAUCUCGUCGAUCUGUGCCUUCUUGGACAACAAGAUUCCCGUCCGCGAGCCUUCCACAAGCCGCAGGUUCUGGUACAAGGAGGACCUGAUUGCGGGCAAGACGCCCGCUCUCAAUGCCGCUCAGCGUCGCAAGUUUGACAACGAGCAACUCACUGUCGUCGAGUUUGAAGGUCUCUCGGACGAGGUCGAGCGCGAUAUGUUCAGUCGUGUCCAGAUGGGUGUCACACUAUCCCCCGCAGAGAAGCUCGGAGCGCACUUAGGCCCUUGGCCUGACUUUAUCCGACAGAUGGUCAAGCGUUUCAUCGACCCCACUCCAUCGCUCGUGCACGACGACGAAGGCAAGAGCAUGCUCAUUGUCAAUCGAGGCAGGGACUAUCUGUUCACGGCACAAAUGGCGUUGCUCAUCAUGAACCACAAAAUCGAGAAUUUCGUGCCCUCGGCUUCUGCGAUCGACACGUUCCUCAAGCAACAUGCCAAGGAUGAACCAAGUCGUCCUCUGCGUCUAACUUUGCAACGUACCUUGGAGCGAUACGUCGCACUUGCCAACCACCCAAGGUACGGCAAGUGUAUCAAACCCGAGACCAAGCUCAAUCGAACUGGUCGAGCCAUGAGCAAGCCACUCUCUCCCGCCGAGUUUGUCUAUAUCGCUUUCUUGAUCUUCAAGUUCCCCAACGCCUCGGUCUCGCAGCUGUACGAGCUAGUUCAAGGACUAAAAGCAGAUGUUCGAUCGCAGUUCAAGGAUGUCUUGAUGAACACCAACAUUGCUAGUGUUAUGCGUCGGUACAUCGGCACAGCUACAUUGACACCCGAUGCGGAGGGCAGUUCGGGUCAAAACGGUACGUCUCAACACAAGCGCAAUCGUGCGGCGCUCGCGGUUGGUAGCGAUGAAAAUGAUGAUCUUCCGCUAUCCGCUCGUCGUAGAACGUCGAAUGGCUUGGAUGUUAAUCCCGAUGCGGGGCUGUUUAGGAGCGUUGGGGAUAGUCCUAAUCGUAACCCGUUGACAAACUUCUCGUCUGCUCCAGCUCGUCGUUGA